UGGAAGUCUGACCUUCCUCCUGCACACAGUUUACCAUGCAGCCACUGAGCAUUGCAAUGGAGCGGCAGUGCGCUUGAGGAUACACUAGGGGCGGAGUUUGACCUCUCAAAAAUUUUAAAACAUCACUAAUCCGCGUCGGACAUUCUGGCACAGGCCAAGCAUUGGAUCAGCUUUUGCAGGAGGGGGGGAAAAAUCACUUCCUUCACGAUCUGUACCCCAGCGACGCUCUGGAAGGAAGGAGGAGCUGGGAAUGCUGCACGGAUAACGCUGUUCCAUAUCGCACAUCUGCAGCGGUUUCUACCCGGGUUUGUUGUCAAUAUUCCAGGAAAAUUCGCGGGAUUUGGCGCGUUGACAGCUGGAGCCUGGAGCGCCCUGCAGCCGUCAGUGUUGGAGCUCUUCCUGUCUGCCCAUUAGCUGCUGUUCAAUGCCCAGUAGGAAAUGUCUGAGGCUACCCUGUGGAUGAUCCCGAACAUGCUUUCCACGAACCGUUGUGGAGGAGCGUGGGGGUGAAAAUGGAUGCAAUCAGUUCCCACACCCGAGGAACAGCUCCCAUGUUCCAGCAUGUCUGGCUGCAGCAAGUCUCCCGCAAACUCCGGAGAAGCUGCAGGUUCUAACUCUAUGGCAUGGGUGAAGAAAUUCAAAAAAACUGGAGGAGGUCUAAAAAAGUCCUACCAACCUGGGAGCAUGGUGUCCCUUGCACUAACUAAAGGUCUGCUAAAUGAGCCCGGCCAGAACAGCUGCUUUCUCAACAGCGCUGUUCAGGUACUUUGGCAGCUGGACAUUUUCAGGAGGAGUCUGAGGCAGCUCUCUGGUCACUUCUGUCUUGGCGAUGCCUGUAUUUUCUGUGCAUUAAAGAGUAUAUUUAACCAGUUCCAGCAGAGCAGAGAGCGGGUCCUGCACUCUGACAGCCUGAGAAACGCUCUCGCUGAAACCUUCAAAAAUGAGCAGCGUUUCCAACUCGGCCUGAUGGACGACGCCGCUGAGUGCUUUGAGAACAUUCUGGAGCGAAUUCAUUUGCACAUAGUCUCUGACACAGCAACUGAUUCUUGCUCAUCCAAAUCCUGCAUCACUCAUCAGAAGUUUGCUAUGAUGCUUUAUGAGCAGUUUGUGUGCCGUUGUUGUGGUGCUUCUUCAGACCCACACCCCUUCACAGAGUUUGUUCAUUAUGUGUCGACUACGGCUUUAUGCCAACAAGUUGAUCGGACACUGGGGAAGAACGAGCGGCUCAGGUCGGACAUGUUUGGUGAACUGCUGCAGGCGGCAAACAGCACUGGUGACUUCCGAAGCUGCCCUAGUGACUGUGGUCAGAGCAUUAAGAUCCGUCGUGUUCUCAUGAACUGCCCAGAGAUCGUCACCAUCGGCUUUGUGUGGGACGCGGAGCAGUCUGACCUCACGGACGAUGUGAUCAGGUUUCUUGGUCCGCGUUUAAACUUGUGUGGGCUUUUCAACCGAGUCACGGAUGAAAAUGCCAAAUGCAGCGAGCUACAUCUGGUGGGGAUGAUCUGUUUCUCCAGCAAGCAUUACUCAGCCUUUGCUUAUCACACCAAAUCUUCUAAAUGGAUGUUUUUUGAUGAUGCUACUGUAAAGGAGAUUGGAUCCAAAUGGAAGGAUGUCGCUUCAAAAUGCAUCAGGGGACAUUUCCAGCCACUUCUUUUGUUUUACACCAAUCCUGAGGGGAGUCCAGUUUCUAAUGAAGAUGCACCGAGACAAACCACCAUGUGCCCUCACUACAAAGCCCAGAUAAAUGGAGACGUGACCAUCAAACAUCCCUUUGGGAGUCCUCGCAAAUUUCAGAAUCCUUUUAUGGAGAAUUUACAAAGACCAAGUGAAAUGUCAAAAAAGGACAGAGGACAUCGACGAUCUGAGGCUUCACAACACAAAGAGACGACUCAUACGAGAUCUUCAUCUCCUCCAGAGAACGGGCCCAGGCCUCCUGUGGAGAAAAUAAAGAAUUACCUACGCUCGGAGAAGUCAUCAAAUCACUCCAGCAGAGCAUCUCAGGAUCCCCAUGGACAGUCCUGCAGCACACAGAGUGGGGGACACAUCAGAAAGGCCAACAUUUCUCCAGGACGUAAUGAGCAGGAGGGUAGCAACAAACACUGGGAGAAAGGAGGCAGCGGGAGCCAAAACAGGUCAAAGUCAACUUGGAGACCCAUCAGGGAGGUGUUGAAUGUAGACACAGUACUGAAUGAACUGGAGCAGCGGCGGCAGCAGCAGGACAGCAAGCCUUCUUCCCAGGAGAGAAGUCGCACAGAACCAGGCAGGGAGCGUGAGCGCGAACAUGCAAAAGCUAGAGAAGACCGUAAACAGAAGUGCUUAAUGACCAUUUAUGAGGACGAGCAGCGUCAUGAGACGGAGAGCCACAGCUCAGUGGAGUCCGAGAGCAGAGCCAGCCAGCAGCGGGGAAGCAAGCUCAAAGGUGUCCCAAAAACUCUGCUGCGCAGCGACACCUGGACCAUUCAGAGGACAGAGUCCGGUUACGAGAGCAGCGAUCGGCUCAGCAGCGGCUCCACCAACCCUGACUCGCCUGGGGUUGAUGGCUCCGGCCUCAAACCAGAUCAGAGGUUAACACCUGAGGUCCUUUUACCAAGUCAGCUGCAUCAAAGGGAAGGCGUUGCAAAGUCAAGUAUAACAUCAUCUCUUUCCCACAACAGUAAACAUCAAACUAAACCUCAGGGGAACUCUGAUCAAGCUUCACACUCUCAACUAAAGUGCAGUCCGGGUUCAAGACAGAGAUCAAAAUACACGUCUAACACAUCUAGAAAAGCUAAGAGUUCAGCCGGAUCGGAGAGCAGGCAGAGCGAGCACCAGGAUCCCACUAACUGUAGAGGACACGGCAGGGAGAACAGCACCCCAAGGCACAUCACAAAGACCAGCAGCUCAGAGUGGAACAGCUCAGAUGAUCUUGUUCUCUCGGAGUCGGAGGACAGGGAAAGCACCUACCUGUCCAGUAACAGCGAGGCUGUCACCUCCGAUUCCCCAAGUCCCCACGUAGACCUGCCAUACCACCCGCCCUGCAGCGUGACAGCAGAAACUCAGCUCGGUGCAGCAGGGUCACCUUACCUUAGACCCAACCAGCAGGCCUCUCCGCUCCACGGCGAAACAAGCCACGCAGCGUUUCGCCCCAGAAUGCUUCAGGAACCCUUUCCACCGAGCCCUCACACGCCCCAUUCAUCAUACGUCAGCCCCAAAAGGAGGCCUGACAUUUCCAGCCUCCGAACCUUCUCAGAUGCGAGCUCAAAGUCCGGGUCCGACCCAGAAAGGAGCACUCAGGCAUCAUGUGAGAGCGAGGAGAGAGUGCCGGGGAGCCGAGCUGACGAGGCAGCGCAGGCUCCAGAGGUUUCUCUGACCACAUACUUUAACGUGGACAACUGUAUGACGGAAACGUACCGCCUCAAGUACCACAACCAGAGGCCUCUGGUCCUCUCCGCCACAGUGCCAAGGACAGCUGCUGAGAGUGACCGCAGAGAUAACAGCCACACACUUUCCAGUGAUGCACACUCACAUGAUGUGCUGAAAGGCCGACCAGAAAAAAGUAAGACUUAGAAAGAUAAACAUUCAAACAGAACGAAAUACCUAUAUAAAUUAGUACUCUGUAAUUCUGAUCAGCUAUUGCCCUGAGAACCUCCAUAAAAUACAUUUUAACAACAGAGUUCUCAUCUUUUUUUCUGCACAGGCCAUAAUAGCAAUAAACCCACUGCAAAAUGGAAGCCAGUGACAGCCAAAGGACUGGAUGAGCGAGGUUUUUUAUGAGUGUUGACUUGGUAAGUUUUGUUUACAUGAAUGGACAGCACGACUGGAUGCCAAAGAGUUUACAGAAUGGAAAUAUAUUCAGA